AUGCAUUCGAGCCACAGCAAUGACCCCAAGGAAGCCAUACAGCUGAUCAAGAAGCAGCUGGUGAGUGCCACCAAGGCCCUGCAGAAGCAGUACGUGACCUCGGACGCCAUCGUCACCAGCGACGAUGGCAACGCCAACACUCUCUGCAGCGCCCUGGAAGCUGUCUUUGUGCAUGGGCUGAAGGCAAAGCACAUCAAGGCAGAGUGUGGGGGGAAAGGGAAGAAAGCAGGAGGCCGAGGACCACUCCCCCAGCCUGUCUUCUGGGGUCUGCUGAAGAGCAUCACCCACCGGAACGUGGUGUCGGAGCUGGAGCAGCUGCUGUUCAUCAGCACGGACGUGGGGCGGUGCCGCUCCUGGCUGCGGCUGGCGCUCAACGAUGGACUCCUGGAGUGCUACCUGAAGCUGCUGCUGCGCCGCAGCUCCCCCCUGCCCGACUACUACCAGCCCAGCGCCCUGCUGCUGGACGCCGAGGAGUGUGAGUUCCUCCUUAGCUACCUGCAGGGCUUGUCCUCCCUCACCUUCCAGCUCUCCUACAAGUCAGCAGUCCUGAACGAGUGGACUGUCACCCCCCUGGCCCUCUCCGGGCUGUGUCCCUUCUCGGAGCUGCUGGAGCCCCUCCCCGGCUCGCAGCCCCUCCCCGGCUCGGAGCCCCUCCGGAAGGCGUCGCUGGGCUCCAUCUCGCAGUCGUCGGGGUCGGACGAGAUCGAGAUUCAGCCCUCCUCAGUCCUGCCCAUCAGCAAGGCCAGCAGCAAGCCCAAGCUGACGUCGUCCUCGCUCAGCCUCAACACCACCAGCUCGUCCCAGCUCUCCUCCAGCCUGGGCUCCGACGGCCUCCUGCCGGCUCCCUGCGCCCGCAGCCCCGAGCGGACCGAGGAGCCACUCUCCUGCGACUCAGACCUGGGCACGGCCACCAACGAGGACCUGGACAGGUCACUGCAAGAGGUGUUGUCUGAGUUCAACAAAGCCAAGUCAAGCCUGGAAGCCCCAGAAGGACAGCUGGUCCCCAGUGUGCUGGGCUGCUCCCCACAGCCACCCUCCUGCCCACUGGCCACAUCUCCCUUCCCCCCAUCUCCAUCCCAUGGAACUCACCAGCAGCCUCCUCCCAACACCAGCAGUCCCAGCUCUGCCACAGUGCCCAGCAGCCAGGGGGAUGGAGAGGCAGCACCAGAAGCUGGUGGCCCAGCUGGUGUCUGUGCCCCACGGUGUGGUGGUCCCAGCAGAGGAGAGAGCAGCAGCAGCAAGGCAAACACAGCACUCCGCAGCCCCACGGCCCAGAACCUCCCUUCUCCCCUGCUGGGAUGUGCAAGCUGGAUCUCAGAAGAUGACUUCUACAGACCUGCUCUGGGUGACAGCAGCGAGAGCACAGCCAACAUCAAUGGCUUUGGGCCUGAGGGAGCUGAGGAGGGUCUGGCCCCAGGGCUCAUCAGUGCCCUUGACCUGGAAAGCCUCUCAGUGCCCUCCUCAGAGAGUGGGAAACCCAAAGCGUCUCCUGAGCGGGAGCAGAAGGGCUUCAGCGUGGUGCACCGCAGGCAGAUGGGCCUGUCCAACCCCUUCCGAGGGCUGCUGAAGCUGGGCAGCCUGGAGCGCCGGGGCGCCAUGGGCAUCUGGAAGGAGUUCUGCUGCGAGCUGUCCCCGCUGGAGCUGAGGCUCUUCCUGGAGCACCAGGAGCGCAUCUGCGUGGAGAGCUACUCCCUGCUGCGCUGCGAGGCGCUGGCGCUCACCCACGCCGACGGCCGCUUCGAGUUGGUCUUCCUGGGCAAGAAGCUCUACCUCCGAGCUGCCUCCCGGGACGAGGCUGAGGACUGGCUGGACAGGAUCCGCGAGGCCCUGCACAAGUGCCGGCCACAGCUGGAGGAGGAGGAGGAGGAGUGGGAGACGCUGGAGUACCGCCCGGAGGAGGGCGGCGAGGGCCAGCCCCUGCUGGGUGACUGCGGCGGCGCUCCCCUGCAGCACGGGGAUGUGCCUGGGAGCAGCCUGGACUGGGCUGCAGCCCCCCAGCCGGAGCUGGAUGCCAUCAAAGAGGCUGUGCUGUACCUGGAGCUGGACAGGAGCUGGGUGCCCUUCGUUUUCUCCCUGUCCCUAGAGACUUUAAAGUGCUUUAAAGUCCGGAACAAUGAGAAAGUGUUAAGCAACAGUUAUGGCAUUGAGACCAUCCAGGACAUCCUGCCAGACACAAGCCUCGGGGGUCCUGCCUUCUUCAAGGUGAUCACCUCCAAAGCUGUCCUGAAGCUGCAGGCUGAGAACGCAGAGGAAGCAGCCUCCUGGAGGGAGCUGGUCCGGGAGGUGCUGAUGGCCUACCUGGAGAGUGCAGAGGAGGCAGUGACGCUGGCUGGCAGCUUGGAUGGGCACUGCCAGGUCAUCCUGAAGAACGUGGUGAAGGAAAAUGGCUUCAUGCUGCAGUACCUGGUGGCCAUCCCCACGGAGAAGGGCCUGGACUCACAAAGCUUCAUCUGUGCAGGCUGCUCCAGGCAGAUUGGCUUCUCCUUUGGCAAGCCCAAGCUCUGCGCCUUCUCCGGUCUCUACUACUGCGACAGCUGCCACCAGGACGAGGAGACAGUGAUCCCCUCACGCCUCAUCCACAACUGGGACCUGGCCAAGCGAGGGGUUUGCAGGCAGGCUUUGAAGUUCCUCACCCAGAUCCGUCACCAGCCCCUGAUUGACCUGCAGCUGGUCAACGAGAGCCUCUACGACCAUGUGGAGGUGAUGAGGAGGAUCCAGAGGAGCAGGGAGCAGCUGAAGCUGCUGGGAGAUUAUCUCCUCAUGUGCCGCAGCGGGGCCCUGAAGGAGCUCAGCAAGAGGCUUGAUCACAGGCACUACCUCCUGGAGUGUCCCCACAAAUACAGCGUCGCCGAUCUGAGGCAGAUAGCCGAUGGUGUCUUUGAGACCUUCCUGCAGUCCCUGCUGCAGUUUGCCUCCCACCACGUCUACAGCUGUGACCUCUGCACCCAGCGGGGCUUCAUCUGCCAGAUCUGCAACAGCAGUGACAUCAUUUUCCCCUUUGAGUUUGACACUACCACCAGGUGCAGUGAAUGCAAAACUGUCUUCCACCAGGACUGCCAGGCCCGUGCCAGGUCGUGCCCGCGCUGCGAGCGCCGGCAGCGGUACCAGCAGCAGCUGGAGGCAGAGGCCAGCGUGGAGCCCAACCUGUAG